CAUUCCUUUUCCGCCCGGCAUUGACGAGGGACGCAGUCGUACCGUGCGCCAUUGUGGUUAUACCAAGAGAGAAAUUAAGGUAGUUUGCGUUAAACUACAAGAAAAUGUCUCUACCGCGAGUUUUCUUGGAUGUUGCUGCCGACGGCAGUUCAAUGGGACGUAUUGUUAUCGAAUUGAGGACAGAUGUCACCCCCAAGACUUGUGAAAACUUCCGAGCCCUUUGCACCGGCGAGAGGGGCUUCGGUUACAAGGGCUCCACCUUCCAUCGCGUCAUCCCCAACUUCAUGUUGCAAGGAGGCGAUUUUACAAACCACAAUGGCACUGGCGGAAAGUCCAUCUACGGUGAGAAAUUCGCUGAUGAAAACUUCGUCCUGAAGCACACCGGACCUGGUGUCAUGUCCAUGGCCAAUGCUGGUCCCAACACUAAUGGAUCCCAAUUUUUCAUCACCACGGUGAAGACUUCCUGGUUGGACGGUAGACACGUCGUCUUUGGAAACGUGGUUGAGGGCAUGGAUGUUGUCAAGCAAGUUGAAGCCCUGGGCUCCCAGUCCGGGAAGCCCUCCAAGAAGGUCACCAUCUCCGACUGUGGGCAACUGUCCUAACUUUACUCCUCAGACAAUUAUGUAUUAAAAUUUAAUAUGAUAUCUUAAGUUUUAACAUAAUGUCCUCCCAAAUAUAAAAACCUUCCCAGUCAUAAAGAGAAAUAUGAAAUAAAGUUAACUAAUGGGUCAUUCCAAUUACGUUAAGAAUUUAUAGCUGUGUUUAGGUCGCAACGACUUUAUUUCUGUGCAUUGUCUAUUCAUAAUAAAUUAACUUAUACAUAAAAA